AGGAACACUUACAUUUUUGGAUGAUGGACUUGCUUUAAAGGGGUGCUACUUAGAAGAAGACUUCUUUAGACUGUCUAACCAGGAGCAUAUCUCUACUUAAGGAGUAUUUGUGAGGCUUAGGGACCAUUGAGGUGGCAGCACAAGAAUGUGGACGUUGGACAGCUGCUGAUGCCAGCUGGUUGUCUUCAGGAGCUGACAUCAGAGACCAAUGAGGAAAAUGAGGUCCCCAGGCAGUACAGUGGACAGCCCAGCUAAUGAAAUACUGGUUGUCACGCAAACUUCACAUGACAUCAAAGAGGAAGAGGAGGGGAAAAUACUGGAUAGGGUUAAGCAAACAAAUGACGAAGAGAAGACUGGGCCAAAUAAUGAUGAGAAACCAACACAGAAUGAAGACCAAAUGUUUAAGCUGAAAGAUCUGUCCAAAAAUGACCUUCUGAAACUGCUUGGAAUCAUGGAAGGAGAGAUUCAGGCACGAGAAGAUGUGAUAUGUCUGUUGAGCUCUGCACUGACGAGUCGACCGAUGGAGCUAGAGUCUCGUUAUGGCUCAGCAAGGCCCACAAGACCCUUGCAGGCCCUAAAGAGAGACAGCAUGCUCAACAAGAACCACACACACCACGACAAUGUGUAUGAGAAGCCUAUGGCAGAGCUGGACAGACUGCAGGAUAAGCACAGGGAGUCAUACCGUCGCAUGCUGGAACAACUGUUACUGGCAGAGAAAAGCCACAGACACACCGUCCAUGAGCUGGACACGGAGAAACGCAAACACGUGGACUAUAUGAACAAGAGUGAUGACUUCACCAACCUACUGGAGCAGGAACGAGAGAGGUUAAAGCGAUUGCUAAAACAAGAGAAAGCAUACCAAAUGCGGAAGGAAAAAGAAUUUUCUAAGCGCAUCCAAAGAACCUCUGGAGAGCUAGUUAAGUUGAAGUCAUUUGCACUUAUGAUGGUUGAUGAGCGAGAACUCCACUUGGAAAAGAUUGACAAACAGAGCAACAAAAUACAAGAUCUUCUUCAAAAACUCCAGGAAAAGGAGCAGAAACUCUGUAAGUCAGAGAGAAAAGCUAAGGAGGACAGCCAGAAGAUCCUGGAUCUUGAGGUUGAGUUGGAGGUAAUAACUUCUAGGUUUGCAAAAGAGCAAGAAGACAUGGCUGCAAAACUGUCCAGUCAGGAAUCUCAACAUAAACAGCUGUCCCAGGAACAGGAGGAAUUGUCACACAAACAUAAGGAGCUAAAUGAGACCAAUGAAGUUCUUCAGAAAUCAGCAGAGGAGCUCAAGAAGUUGAGGGACAAGAUUAGAAAGGGUGAGUUUGGCAACUCUACCCUAAUGGAAGAACUUGAAACAUUACGCAAGAGAAUUCUGCUAAUGGAAGGCAAGGAUGAAGAGAUUGCUACAACUGAGAACAAUUGCAGUGAGCUGAAGAAGAAGCUUCAUGCUGAGGAAACUCACAAUAAGGAGCUGAGGCUGGAGGUAGAAAAACUGCAACAGAGAAUGACACAAUUGGAAAAACAAGAAGUGACCUUCAAUAUGGGCAGGACAGAAUAUGCCCAGUUGCAGGCAGCUUUGGAGAAAGAGAAAAGCCUGUCAAAAGACUUGACUGAUGAACUAGUGAUGGUUAAAAUCCGUAUGAAAGAGCUCGAGUCAUCUGAGCUGAAACUAGAAAAGGAUGAACUGGAUUUAAAAGAGGAUCUUAUGAAACUCAAAUCAGUCACUUUAAUAAUGGUUAAUGAGCAUAAGAACAUGGUGGACAGAAUUAGGUCUGAGGAAAAGAAGAAAGAGGAACUGAAAAAACUGUAUAAGGCAGAGCAGGAGAAAGUUAUGGAGGUUACUGAGAGGCUUAUAGAGGAGAGUAAGAAACAUAUUAAACUAAAAUCAGAGAUGGAGUUGAAGAUAGCUGCCCUUGUCAAGGAGAAAGAUGAGAUGAAAGGAAAGCUUACCAAUUCAGAAGACAAGUAUAACGAUCUGAGUUCCAUGGUUGGCAUGAUAAAGCACAGUACAGAUGGAAUAAAAGAAGACAAAGAAAACAAGGUCUCAAAUGCAUAUGUACAAGAUGAAAUUAAGGUUAAGGAGCUGACUUUGGAGAUUGAAAGAUUAAAGAAUCGUCUUCAACAGCUUGAAGUUCUUGAGAGUGACCUAAUCAAAUCAGAGGACAAGUUCGAUAUGUUGGAAAAGAAGUUUCCAACUGAGCAAGAAAAGGCUAAUUUUCUCUCACAGCAAGUGAAGGAAAUAAGAAGUCCAACUGCAUUGAGUAAGGCAGUAGAACAAAGUGAGGCAGGUAGUCAGGAGGCUAAACUACGGCAUCGCUUCUUGUUGGAGGAGGCCAAAUCCAGAGACCUUCAAGCAGAUGUGCAAGCCCUGAAGGAAAAGAUUCAUGAGCUCAUGAACAAAGAAGACAAGCUUUCCCAGCUACAGGUGGAUUACACUAUGCUGCAACAGAGGUUCCAGGAAGAGGAGGACAAGAAAAAGAACAUAAGCAAUGAAGUUCUAAACCUCACUAGAGAACUUGAGGUCACCAAGCGAUACAGCCGCACCCUACAUCCAUGCACAAAAGGAACCCGAAUUAUGGAUGUUCCAAUGACAUCAACUGGAGUUCAGACUGAUUUGAUUGAAAACAGGACAGCUGACAAUGACACUCCUGCAGCAUUCAUCAAGAAAUCUGUUAAAGAGGAGAAUCGUAUCAUGAGUAGUCUUCAUCCAAGGACUUUAAAGAAGUCCGUGCAGAGACCAACAGUGCGUGAACUCUAUCCGCCAACAGUCAGUGACUUUACUGUGAAGAAGUCCUCAAUACCUUGGAUGAAGAAGAAAGAUAGCAGUGCUUCCGAAAUAUCUUUAGACACCAGUGAAGAUGCUGCACCUACUGAAGUCAACAUGUCCCCAAAACAUGGCCAGCCAAUGCACAUUCAAAGUAUUUCAGAUCUUCAGAACAGUGAAACAACCUUACAGAUCAGCAGAUCCUCUUCUGAGGACUUGAUGAAAAGAGAUGCUGCCACACCCUCAAAUGAGAUACAGAUCAGCAGAUCCUCUUCUGAGGGCUUGAUGAAAAGAGAUGCUGCCACACCCUCAAAUGAGAUACAGAUCAGCAGAUCCUCUUCUGAGGGUUUGAUGAAAAGAGAUGCUGCCACACCCUCAAAAGAGAUUCAGAAGCCUCAGCUUGCCAUGAUACCUGCAAAUGAAAGAACCAUAGAGCCAAAGAAACUAGAGAGAGCUUUAUCCCCAGUGACCAUUGCCACCAUCUCAAGACUAAAGAGUCCAGAGAUUGUUAGGUGUCCUUCUUUGGAUAGAUCUUUAUCACCUGUAUCCAUUGUGUCCAACCGCAUCUCUGCAUUGUCCCCAGACAGCUCCCCAGAGACUGUGGACAUGAUAACAGGCAGAGCUGUCUUUAAGGUGACUCCGGAGAAACGAAUGGUUCCCAUGCCAGUUAAGAAAUGCAACUCACCUGCUAGUAUCAUCACCACAGAAGACAAUAAAAUUCACAUUCACUUAGGCUCACAGUUCAAGAAGCACACUGAAAAUCAUGGCUCAGUUGUCAGGAUCAAAUCUACUCCCACAUCAGCUGAGAGUAAGGAAGUUUCUACUGGAACUGUGCUACGCUCACCACACAAUGUUACUGCCACCAAAUCAACAUCGAAUAAAGUGACAAGCAGCAUCAUCAUCACACAGGUCACUAAAGCACCAGCCAGACCUACACUCUCAGUGCAGCCUGUACUGGAUGUCCCAUCGGUGAAAUCAGGGUUCACUCGUAUUCCCAUGUCUCGAGGGAUGAAAACUGGAAAAGCAGUGCUGGGAGCUCUGGGCAUCACCACAGGUGUUAAAAUGGAAACAAAUGCAGAGACCCAGGCCAUGCACAUUGAGCUGAAAAAGUCAACUCUUUGCAAUGGAGCUUUUCAGGGUGGAGGGAAGGGAUAAAAGGACCGAGCAAAUAACACCAAGUUUACAUUAAAGUCUACUUUUAGAAAAUAAAUUAUGUUUGAUUGCCAGUUUCUGCAAAUGUUAUAUAAUGUGGUGGUGCAGAGGAUUUUUUUAAAUUAAUGUUAAUUAAUGUCGCUAUCACACACAUUACUCUCCAUUAAUUUUGCUUUAAAAUGCCACUGAAAAUUAAAUCCAGUGGGCAUUUAUGGCCUCUUUAUGUUUGAGGGCUUUUUUUUUCUAAACAUAAAAGAAUUUACUGUGUCAUUAUUUUAUUUAAAACAUAUUUUAUGUGAUAAUG